AUGCGCUUUACAUUGACAUACGUUGCCGCUGCCAUGUUGGCCUCUGCAGUCAUGGCUGCUCCCACUGGUCAACAAGAAAACAACAACCUCGAAGCUGAUGCCAACAUCAAUGGUAUCCAAAAGGUCACUCUUGACAUGGGUGAGGAAUUCCAACAAUUCCACUGGCAAUCUUCUGGUGACGAAAAGACCGUUGAUCGCACCUUUUCCUUGAACCUUGCUGAGCCUGCUCAACUUCAAAUCACCGAUUACAAGCUUGGUGGUGACAGCUUUGAAGUCCUUGACAAUGGUGAAGUUUUGGGCUCCACCAGUGAGGCUGCCAAUGAGCAAGACACCUUUGUUGCUACUCCUGAGGAAGCUAUGCAGGAUGAGCGUUUCAGCCAUGGCACUUUUGAAUUGGCUGCUGGUGAACACGAGAUCACUGUUAAGGUUGCCAACUCUCCCUAUGCUGAUGGCACUGGUGCUCUUCGUGUUGUUCAACAACUCCAAGCCUUGCACAAGAAGAAGGGUGGUGACUGGGACGAUGGCAAGAAGAAGAAGAAGGGUGGCGAUUGGGAUGACGAUGAUGAUGAAGACUGGGAUGAUGAUGAUGAUGACAAGUGGGAUGAUGACGAUGAUGAAGACUGGGAUGACAAGAAAGGUGGCAAAGGCGGCAAGUGGGAUGACAAGGAUGACGAAAAGUGGGGUGGCAAGGACGACAAGUGGGGUGGCAAGGACGACAAGUGGGAUGGCAAGGAUGACAAGUGGGGCAAGGAUGACAAGUGGGGCAAGGACGACAAGUGGGAUGGUGGCAAGAAGAAGUGGGAUGGCAAGAAGAAGAAGACCGUCUACGUCUAUUACACCGUUCCUGGUGACAACGAAGUGACCACUGUCAAGACCGGCACCAGCACUUCCACUGAAUACACCACCACCACGCCUUCCACCGUCAAGGAGUCCCUUGAAACAAUCACCACCACCUCCAUCACUGGCCAAGGCAAUGGUGUUUACACUGAAUGGGAGACUGAGACUUCCACUUCCACUGAGAUUCGCCCUGUUUUGUUCACUCUUCCCUGGCUUACUCUCUAA